AUGUGCUCCCACAUCCUCACAAACUUCUGGCUCCGCCACUGGAUCAGCGACUCUGAACAAGAAGAACAUGGUGGCCCAGCAGCCAAGAAGGCAUCCUACUACCUCGCCGUCUACGGCUUCAUGAUCCUCAUCUACGUCAUCCUCGACGUCUUUGUCAACUAUGUCAGUCAAGUCGUCUGUGGUAUCAAAGCCGCCCGAACCCUCCACGAUGCUCUCUUAACUCGCAUCCUUCGUCUGCCCAUGAGCUUCUUUGACACCACCCCCCAAGGCCGCAUCGUCAACCGGUUCUCGUCGGACGUGGGAGCGAUUGACUCGCAAUUGCCCGAGAACUAUAAUGAUAUGAUCGGGUUUAUCUUUCAUAUUACCGGGACGCUGUUGAUUAUUGGGUAUGCGACGCCGAUGUUCUUAGUUGCCGUGCCCCCGUUAGCGUUCAUGUUCUUCCUAGUCCAGGAUUAUUAUAUCCGGUCAGCUAAUAGUCUGCGUCGGCUUAUUUCUAUAUCAAAGUCGCCGUUGUAUCAGCAUUUCAGUGAGACAAUUUCUGGAGUGACGACUAUCCGGGUUAUGAGGGGGCUGGUGCAGCAGUUUGUGGCGCAGAAUGAAACCCAUGCCGACUUGGCGACCAUCCGACAGUAUGUCUUCCUCACCAUCAACCGCUGGCUCCAGGUCCGGGUCGAGAUCUUGGGUGGAGUCGUCAACUUCUCAGCCGCGGCGCUUGCGGUCUUGUAUGUCGACAAGCUGGAUCCGAGUUUGGUCGGUUUGGCAUUGAGUUAUGCGUUGGGUAUUGUGGGUUACAUCAACUACUUUGUUCGGACUAUUUGCGAGACCCAGAACCUAUUGAUCUCUGUCGAGCGUGUGCUGGAGUAUUCUCAGAAACCGACCGAGGCCCCCGUCAAGACUGGCGUGAUGCUUCCCGAGAACUGGCCUCAAAAGGGUCAUGUUGUCUUCAAGAACUACUCGACAAGGUACAGGGAGGGGUUAGAUCUGGUCAUCAAGGAUGUGUCGUUUUCGGUGGCGCCCGCAGAGAAGGUUGGGAUUGUUGGUCGUACUGGCGCUGGAAAGUCGUCGUUGACACUGGCGCUGUUCCGGAUCAUUGAGGCUGCCGAUAGCUUCUGGGCGCGUGCUAGUGAUCCCUCCUCUGGUCUGUCGUCUACGAAGAAACUCCAAGGCAACGGAUCGACCUCUCAAUCUUUUGAGCCCUCGGUUGUUGGAGGUCUCUUCUCUUCCGGACAACGCAGCGGUGGAUCGAUCGAGAUUGACGGUAUCGACAUCUCAACCCUCGGACUCACCGACCUCCGCCGCCAUCUGGCCAUCAUCCCGCAAGACCCAACCCUUUUCGCAGGCACCAUCCGCGACAACCUCGACCCCUUCUCCGAACUCUCCGAUACCGACCUCUGGACAGCCCUCGAACGUGCCCAUCUCAAGUCACAUAUCUCUACCCUUGCUGGCGGUCUCUCCUUUGAGGUUGCCCAGAACGGCGAGAACUUCUCCGUCGGCCAAAGAUCCCUCAUCUGUCUCGCCCGGGCCCUCCUCCGCAAGACCAAAGUCCUGGUCCUCGACGAAGCCACAGCGGCCGUAGAUGUAGAAACGGACAAUCUGAUUCAGAGGACGAUCAGGGAAGAGUUCAAGGAUAGGACAGUGUUGACGAUUGCUCACAGGAUCAAGACUGUAAUGGAUUCGGAUAAGAUCUUGGUGUUGGAACAGGGGAGGGUGAAGGAGUUUGAGGAACCCGGGGAGUUGUUGAGGAAGGAGGAGGGGUUGUUUAGAGGACUUGCUGAGCAGGCUGGCGAGUUUUGA